AUGGGGGAGUUGACGCAAGCCAAGUUUCUUGUGGAAACCCAGCAAGAGCACGAAGAGCGUCGUGCGCAACAUCGAAGCGCCUUGACUUCCGAGAAAGUCCUCGAGCAACUCCUCAGCCGAGCGAGGGCGAGUCGCGCGGAACGCUUGGGCGCGACGGCUUCGUUCUCGCCUCUCGAGGAGUCUCCCUUUCCGUCCUUCUCGGGAUCUGCGGGGGCGUCUGCCGGUGCGCAACCUGGUGCGCGCCUCGCGUCUUCUUCCCGGUCGCCUUCUCCCUGUGGGAGUUUGUCGCCGCAAGACGACGACUCGCCUCUUUCGCCAGCGUUUCCGACGUUCACGCUCGAGACUGACGACGCUUUCACGUCUGCGGUCUGGGGACGUAGCGAGGAGAGGGCUGGCAAGAAGGCCGUCAGCUCCGUCGACCGAGGCUUCGCGCUCUCCUUCGGGGCAAGCGCGACAGUCGGUCGCAGGCAGGCGAUGGAGGACACGAUGCAGACUGUGCCGUGUUUCCUGGACGGAAGUUCCGCGUACUUUGCCAUGUUUGACGGGCACAACGGGAGCGAUCUCGCGCACUUUGCGCGGUUGCAAAUGCACCCGAUGCUGGCCCAGACGCUCGCUGCGUUUUCCUCGGACGUCUCGGCGCUCCCGAAGGCUUCGCUCCAGAGGGCCCUCGUGGACGUUUUUCACCAGAUGGAUCGCGCGUACGAACGGCGCAGUCCCAGCGCAGGCGACGGCUCCACUGCGCUCGUCCUCCUCGUCAGGUGGGCGGAAGACCGGAGCGGUUUGAAUCGACGCCGAAGGCAGCGCGACGUUCCAAGCGAGGCCGGCGGCGAGGCUGGGGCGCGCCGCAACCGCGUGGAGCUUUUCCUCGCGCAUGCAGGCGACACGCGCGCAGUUCUCGGGAGAGUCGUAGCCCCCAGGUGGGGAGAAGAAGGGAAGGAAGAGGCCGCGCGCGCGAGAAGAACCAAGGUAAAGGCCGACAGGCUCACGCAAGACCACAAACCGAACCGCGAGGACGAACGCAUGCGAAUCGAACGACACGGAGGCACGGUCGUCGACCUCGGAUGUCCACGAGUCAUGGUCGGGUCCAUUAACAUGGCGCUCGCGGUCUCACGUUGUCUGGGCGACUUCGCUUUGAAACGGUUCUCUGAGCACAUUAUUCUCGCCACUCCGGACGUCUCUUCGAGGGUUUUUACGGUUGCCAAGGGCUGCGGAGAGCUCGUCCCUGCCCAGGACGCGUUCGUGGUGAUUGCGAGCGACGGGCUCUGGGACGUUCUCACAGACGAGGAGGCUGCGAAACUCGUUCAGAGACGCAUCGACAGCUACUUCAGCCGGCGAGAGAAGAGCGGCGAGGGCGGGGACCUGGGGAAGAAGUCGGAGAAAGACCGAGGCAGAGCGACAGGCGCAGCGUCGGGGACGAACGCGAAAGCGGAGAAGCAUGGACGCGAUGGAUGGUAUGACGAAGGAGAAGAAGAGCGCCAAAGCGAAGACGAAGGCACUUGGUGGGAACGGGGACGGAAACGGAAGGGCGUGGACUCAGAACAGACGCAGAGAGAUCAGAAGACCGGAAUCGCGGGAGAAACGGAACAGGACGUCGAAGCGGAAGACGCAGGAGCCUUUGAAGACUACGUCCCCAAGGCCGUGCUCGAGACCGCCGCAAACGAUUUGAUUCGCCUUGCCCUCGCGCGCAUGUCGCAGGACAACAUCUCCGUUCUCAUCGUCCAUUUCGCAUGGCGGCGACGACCAAAAACGAUCUAA